GACCUAAUCGCGGGACGAAAAGAAAGAAAACCACCUCAUCACGAAGAAGAGAGAGCCAUCAAAGUGCGCUCCGCAAAAAGUCGCGAGUGUUGCUGAUGGUGAAAGACGUCGUCGUGCGAGGAAAAAAUAGUGACGACGAAUCGAAGUAGGCUGUGGAGCAGAGAAGAGUAGUGUGUGGUGCGUGUGUGCUUCGCUUUUUGGGGUCCCCAUCUUUUCUCCUUGGGACCGUUUUCGCGGAAGUGUUGGCCGUGUCCAGGGAACCAAAGGAUUUUACGGUGAAAAAACGGUGCACACGGUUCGAGGAAAAGGUGGCCACGCCGUCGCGGAAAUCAGGGCGACGAAGAAAAUCGGAUUUUUUUUCCUGCUGCUGCCGCUUUGCUCUUGCUGGUAUUGCGUUCCGUUCCGUUUCGUUUCCAUUCGUUCGUCCGUCAUUCACAAUCAUCGUCCGUCCAUCUUUCGGAUUCGGAUUCGGUUCGAUUUUUGGUUUCGAUCGACGGACGGCCGCUGCGAUUGUCGUCCGUGUUUCUGUAUGUGUGCCGCGUGUACGUGUGACGGAUUGGCCAAGUAGGCUAAGCAGCAGCAAGUGCAGUUUUAUCCUGAUCCUGACAAGAGCCAGAUCACAAUCAACCGGAGGAAGGGCGCCACAGAAGAGGCAGAGGCAGAGGGAUUCGCUUGGAAGCCAACAGUGCAAGAACGGCAGCAAAAGUGGCAGCCCCCGCAGCAGUAUCGAAGAUGAACGAAUUCGUCGUGGCCGGAAAGUACCGGAUCGUGCGGAAGAUCGGUUCCGGUUCGUUCGGAGACAUCUACCUGGGGCUGAAUAUCACCAAUGGCGAAGAGGUGGCACUCAAAAUGGAAAGCCUUUCGGCGCGGCACCCCCAGCUAAUGUACGAGUACAAGCUGUACAAGGUGCUGAUCGGCGGCGUCGGAAUUCCACACAUCCGGUACUUUGGCCAGGAGCGGCAUUACAACGUCCUGGUGAUGGAUCUGCUCGGACCCUCCCUGGAAGAUUUGUUCAACUUCUGCAGUCGCCACUUUACGAUCAAAACGGUGCUCAUGCUGGUCGACCAGAUGAUUGGCCGCCUCGAGUACCUGCACAUGAAGAACUUCAUCCACCGGGACAUCAAACCGGACAACUUCCUGAUGGGCAUCGGGCGGCACUGCAACAAACUCUUCAUGAUUGACUUUGGCCUCGCGAAAAAGUACCGGGACUUCCGGACGCGCAUUCACAUCAUGUACCGGGAGGACAAGAACCUGACCGGAACGGCACGCUACGCGUCCAUCAACGCUCACCUCGGGAUCGAACAGAGCCGCCGGGACGACAUGGAAUCGCUCGGGUACGUGAUGAUGUACUUCAAUCGCGGGUCGCUGCCCUGGCAGGGCCUCAAGGCGACCAACAAGAAGCAAAAGUACGAAAAGAUCUCCGAGAAGAAGAUGUCCACCCCGAUCGAGGUGCUGUGUAAAGGCUUCCCGGCCGAGUUUGCAAUGUAUCUCAACUACUGUCGCAGUUUACGAUUCGACGAGGGGCCCGACUACAUGUAUCUGAGACAACUGUUUAGAAUCCUAUUCCGUACGCUAAAUCAUCAGUACGACUACUCCUUUGACUGGACGAUGCUGAAACAGCGAUCGCUGAUGCCCGGCGCAGUGAAUCGCGCGGAAGAACGGCGUGAUAAAGAUAAGCAACCACCAACGGAAACUGAGAAAUAGAAGUUUUGAAAUUAUUUUUUAUGUAUAAAAUAUAUUACAAUUACUAAAACUGAGUAAACUUAAAACAAAACGGGAAUGGCAGAAGAAAAAAGAAGAUAACAAGAAGGAACAAAAAGGCGCGAAUGCGAAGAGCUGUUACAAAGCGAGGAAGAAGGAAAAUGAACAGGCAGCAGAAAGAGAAGCGGAAGAAGAUGAACAGAGAGAAAACAGAAGCGGAACCAGAGGUGCAGGACGCGGAUACAGAAUCGGAUACUUUUUUGCUUUGUGGGCAACAGAGAAAGGUUAUAACUGUGAAGAAGCUGAUAUAGUUGAGUAACACUUGUAAACGAAACGAGUGGAAUGUGGCAAAACAAAUCUUGCUGAAAAUAAAAUAAAACAAAAAGGAAACAAAACAUUAGCAAACUCUUAACAUUAAUUACAAACAAACAAAGUAUGUAAAAUUAAAUAUAAUUAUUAGUGAUUAUGAAUUACAACAAUAUCGGUUGAAGAUGCGGUGGAAAUGGAGGACGGCGCGUUUUUUCACGGCCGGACAAUGGCACGAGCAGAGCCGAACAUCAAACAACAGAACUGCACUUCCCGUCUCGGCUUUUUUCGUGCGCAUUAUCCGAUCGUCAGCCCUGCGCAUCCGUUUCACUUCAAGUACAUUCAUUCACACAGACUCAUACAUACGUACGUACAUACAGAAUCACCAUUUUUCGUCUCUCAUGGUCUCUCGUUCCUCCCCGUUCUCUCAAUAUAAUCGUAAGCCACAACUACAAUCAUGAUCAUUUCACAUACACAUACAGACGUUCGUUUUAUUUCCCCGUUCGUACAUAUUGAUGAAAUAUUGCUGUGUAUUACUACUACAGAUAAAACAAGAACGUUCAAUACGAUGAAACGCUAUUACUCUACAAGUACUACUACUACAAAAUAGCAUAAAACAAUGGAAAUAACAAAACAGUGUUUGUCUAAUGUUUUCGUUUUCCGACUCUAGUUUUUAGUUCAAUACACUCAAUAUUAUUUGCAAUCGAAUUUUGCGUAUUUCUUCACCAUAAAACGAAAUGAAUGGAGAAACCCAAGAAUUUAAUCAAUUAAGUAAAAAAAGAAAGGAACAAUAAUAAACACAGCCAAUACAACAAAGUUAAGUAAAUGCAAACCAGAGCAAAAAAGAAAAACUCUAGAAUUAGAAAGGGCCUGCUCCGUGACCAGUAGCAGCGUUGUAAAUGUGACUCUGUGUCUGUGAAUUUAAAAAAAAAUCUACUACUCUACAACAAACAGCAACAACAAUGCACAUUUUCCCUCUCCUGGAAAACGCUUUUCUCUGUUUCCGUUGUUCCAAACACUUAUUGGAAGUCGUCGUCGAAUCCCGUCGAUCCGAUCGCUUUUGGAUUUGUGUCAGUUUUGCAAUUUGGUCCAAACCACCCUCCCCCCAUCCCUCCUCACUCACACUCACGAGUGUGAGCAUAACCUCAAACUUGUUUUGAUUGUUUUUAUUGUUUUCGGAUAAAAACUGUUCAAAAGCGCCGCCGAUGCAGAAACCAAGUUCUCCUGUGUUAGAGUACUAGUUCUUGUACUGUCGAUAGAGUGAAAACUAAUUAGUAGGAGUAUAAUUGAUCCUUCUGUCCGAAUGUUGUGUCUUUUUGGUAUAUGUUUUAGGAUUAACAUGUUUUCCUAUUUUUUUCUUUCACCGGAGAUCUCGCGAAGGAGCAAAAGAGGUCACUCUAUGCAGCAGCAGCAGCAACGUCAAACAAUGCAUAGAAAUUUCGUUUGGAGAACAAAAUUGUGGAAAACACAGAAAUUAAUUAUAAAUUAAUCGAAUAUACUAUCAAAUUAAAAGAAAAAAAAAACAGAAAAGAAGAAAGUAACAAAUUAUGUGUAAAUAUAAAUAAUUAAAAACAAAAUGAAAACCAUGAGCAAAAAGCGAACAGACGUUGACAAGAGUAAGAAGACAACUCUUCUCUUGAGGAAAAACUAAAGUUCUAGACAAAACAACAAAAAAGAAAACAAAACAAACAAAAUCAGUUUUUUAAACUAUAUUCAAAAACAAAAAGCCCAACAAAUAUCUAACGACUAUAAUUGUUUAAGUAAGACAAAUAAGAUAAAAAUCCCAAAACACACGGACGGAAAACAGUUUCCAGAAUGCGAUCUGCAGAGAAACGGAUCCGUAAAUCCUCCUAAAGGGCUCUUUAUCCCCCUCUCACCGGUUCUCCGGAAGUUCGAUUGACCCUUCCUGGCUGCGGUCAAUUGGAUCCCCGGAGCACGCCCCUCCCCUGUUCCCCCACGCCUCAAAAUGGUUUGAACCACCCUCCCAUCCCUCGUUCUCCUCGACUUCCCUCGAGAGAGGCUACACACAAUUACAAACAAGAAGGAAAAACCAGAAAACAGAUAUAAAUAUGAGAAAUACAUGAUAACAAGAACAUAUAAAGUGUGCGCGGUUCAGCUAGGAGCCGGGCCGGCCACAAGAAGAACAAACAACAACAACAACAGCAGUAAAAGAAAAAAAAAGGAAGAAGGCGAAUAAAACAAGCGUAAAUCAGAUACAGUAGGAAGGAUUUAUUAUUAGGAAGUAAUGAUUAUUAUUUUUUUCAUUGAAUGAAGGUAAAAAUGAUAGGAUGAUGCAAGAAGUAAACAGUUAUUAAAUAAAGAAAACCUAAA